CGCAGAUGAGGAACCUCUUUCAUUCCUACAUCCGAAAGCAACCUUUAAGCAGCCUCCAUUUCCCAGAGAUCACUAUGUGUCACCGUGUAAUGGUAAUAUGGGCAGAGCGGAUGUUUGGCCCUUGGAUAAUUGCUCGUGAGUGCUCCAAUGUCACCUUGCAUCUACACAGAGAGAGGACAUCUGCUCGACAAGCCUGAGUUUCCAUGCUCUGUGUGCUACUGUUCAAACUACCACACAGCUGAACACAUGGCAAUGUGCAAGGCAGGUAAAUCAGACAUCCUCUUGGAGAGAGAAAUACAACCAAUCAGAGAUCUGGAAAACGACACAGAUGUGGUUCUCACUCGUCUGUGUGGUUGUGAUAAACUGCUGCAGUCCGUCUCUAUGCAGCUGGCUCAGUUACAGGCAGAUAAGAAAAGCAUUGAGUAUGCUUUAGAAAUCAAAUGGCUGGGGAUGGAAGACGGACUUCCUGGGGAGCAGGAAGUAUCCCAGAAGACUCUGCUUCAGGAGGAGCUGGUCACACUCAGAGCCAGAUUAUGUGAUUUGUCAUCGGAAAUGGACAGACUGUGGAGUGAUUAUGAACGGAUGGAGAGUGAGCUAUCUGUUUUCCAUUCUCAUCUCCAACACAUCCUUCACUUUGGAACCCCACAGGAGCAAAUUCAGGCUCAGAGGCAGCUCUGGAUGAUGGAGGAUAUCUUGUGCGGUUUGAGGGUGAACAAGAACCGCUUUAUGGCCUUACUGGGUCUACAGAGGCAGGGUGUUCCUCCGCCAAAACCUGUUUCCUACUUUGAGGGCGAGUUAGAAGGUCUCAACAUGGAGUGUGUGACUGAAGCGGAGCAACAGGACUACCAGAUUCACCAGAGUUAUAAGAAAUGGAGCCAAGAGAGUCCUGCUAAUGACAGCAGGAUGACCACUGAACAUGGCAUCUCGCAUGAACCACUGCAUCUGACACGUGUUGUGACGUCAACCCUUCCGACGUCACUAAUCGCAGAGCGCAUUUUUGUGGGUGACCCCUAUCCUGAGCCACCCGAACAAAUCACCCGGCAGUCAGGACUGAGGAACAGCCAGAGGGGCGCCGCAAAGAAACCCAGCAGAACUCUGCAUGAGACAGCCGACAGAAACAGACACUUACACUGGGCCGACAGACCGGACGAGAUGCAACAAAAUAAACAGACUCAAAGUCACAACAGCAGUGCUAGAGAGAAGGCACUGGCUGACAGAAAGGUCUGGACACACCGUCAGCAAGAGCUUGAGCCUGGAGCCUUGUGUCUUACAAACUCUGAGUCUGACGGUGACGCUGCCACGAGCUCUCAGAAACGCCAAACUAAACCCAGACACAUGGAUAAAAGAGACAGAAGUAUGAGUGCCGCCAGAGAGCGCUUCAUAGACGACAUUCAUCCCUUGAAAUUCAUUACAGCCAGUGAAAAAGAGACAGAAGUCCAGAAGUACACAGCAGAUUCUGCUGUUGUACACUUGAGUAACGGCUACAGCGGUGAUAGGCGCAAAUUUAAAAGCCACAGCAAUGACUCGGCCAACCCAAUAAAGCCACAAUGUGGUGAUGCAAAAGUGCACAAUGAACUUAAGGAUAAAACAUCACAACAGUCAUCUCGCAAUGACAUCAUUGUCAUAGAAAGCCACUCCAUUAAUCAUAUUUCAACUCUUACAGUGUUUAAAGGACAUCAGGGAAACAAUCCAACGCACAAACCUCAUAAAACGAACAGAAGUUCUGAGAGACAAAAGUAUUCAGUCUCCGCUAAUGUAAAAUCUGAGUGUUUUCUAUCCAAUAACCGACAGUGCGAGUUAGUCCCAGUUUACGUUCACGACGCAAAACCUGAAGUAUCUCUCCCUCCAGUGGAAAAUCAACAACCAGACCUGGGAACCAAUCAAAAGCUUGAUAAAACAAUGGGAGAAGACUGUGGGCGAAGCCAAAGUCCCAAAACAACAUUUGAAAUGCCACAAGCUAAUGGAAUAAAAGAAAUGCCCAAACAAUUGCCAGACGUUCAACCAAUCACAACAUCUGACAAUCACUUGACACCCACUUCUGACCAAUCCAAACCCGAGCUAAGCAUUUAUGAGGAAAUCCAGUUUAGCUCGCCACGAUCAGCAGAUGUUGAACAGAAUCAGAGGAAUCAAACCAGUGGAGAUGAAACACAACCAUCAAACCUCACCGCAAAUGAACCUGGACCGUCUCGCACUGAGGCUAAUGGGGAGCACAGCACAGAAAAUACAGAGAAAAGUCAACCAGGAAGUGAUGUUACGUGCAAGAGAGGGAAAAAGCAGAAAGUUUACAACUCUUUAAUGAAAAGCUCAGUAAUAAAUCAUCACGUCCAGGACUGCCGGCCACGGAUAACCGUGGUCAGCACCAGCCUGUAAGCUAGAGAGAGGCUCAAAAAGUGAGUGAAAGAGGCACAAAGACAAAAAAAGAAAGAAAUGUUUGAAUACGUCAAGUGGAUAGAAAGUAAAUGACAAGAUAGAAGUAUUAAAUGGAUCGUGCAGAUCCUGUUUGAAAUGCAAUGUAGAAAACAACAUUGCAUGUGUAACCCAUAAACUGCAAUUUUAGUUGUGAAUGGGUCACACUGGUGCUGAUUAAACACUGUGGUCAUUUUUUGUGUCCUUUAGCAACUGUCAUGAGAAGAAUUUAUCAUUUUUAUACAUGCACACUACAUUUAUUUGACUACUAAGAUAACACCUCUUAACUGCAUACAAAUUUUUAUUUAUUUUUUUAUUGACCUGGAAAUAUUCCUUACAUUUCUACAUGUGCAUUUAUCAGUUAUCAGCUUUGUGAUUUGUGUGACCAAUGCUAGUCUAAUAUUGUAAACACAUCUGUGAGUUAUUAAUAGCUUUCUAUGAGUUUGCCAAGUAAAAUCUGUUACUGGAUCAACAUCUUGUUGAAUUUAAUGGUAAAGCUUGGGACUUCAAAAACAUUAUUGUGGGUUUAUAACUUAAAGGAUAAGACUGUUUAGGAAUUUUGGUGAUUUUUUGGUGUUGAUCCAGGAAAAUGUUCUGCCUGACAUCAUAGUAACGUAUUAGAAGUUUAGUAAGUUUAAUAAAAUAACUUUUCAUUGUACUUUCAUUGCAGUUAUGUAAUGCUGUUUUGUUGUUAUCUAAUUAAACUUGCGUU